AUGUCUCAAUCCACCUCGGGAGCAGGCGUAAUCGUGGUGCCUACGCACACCAACCGCCUCAAACCCCCUCACGUAGCCGGCGUCGACGUCACUUUGCGCAACGACAACAUCCUCCUUAUCACCUACAACAGACCCAAGCAAAUGAACUCGAUCACACACACCAUGAACUGGCAACUGCAACAACUGUUCGACUGGUUCGAUGCCGAGCCGACGUUGCGUGUCGCAGUGAUUACUGGAACUGGCAUGAGAGCUUUCUGCUGUGGCUCAGAUCUGAAAGAGAUUGAGCGGGCGGGAAAUGCGAAGCUGGAGUCGGAUGAAUUGAAGAAAUCGGAGCCGUAUCUCCAUGAGCAUCCGAGGAGUGGGUCUACGGGGUCGAGUAGGAGAAGAGGGAAGAAGCCGGUGUUGGUGGCGGUUAAUGGGCUGGCGCUCGGUGGAGGGUUAAUUCGUGAGGGUCUUCGUGUUGGGUCGUGCAAGGGAUCUCUCCUGACAUGCCCGUCCAGAGACAUCGCAAUAGCGUCCCCGACAGCCAAGUUUGGACUCCCAGAAGCUCGUGUUGGCGUUUACGCGUACGGUGGCGGCCUGCUAAGAUUGGUCCACGCAGUAGGCAUGCAGAGAGCUACCGACAUCGCAUUGACAUGUCGACAAGUCCCUGCCGAAGAAGCGCUUCGUCUCGGUCUCAUCGCUGGCAUUUCAAAGACUCCAGAAUCUGUGCUUGAGGAGAAGCUUGCCAAGGCAAAGGAGAUCGCGAACAUUUCUCCGGAUGGCACGAUCGUCACGAGAGCUGGUCUUCGUGAAGCAUGGGAAACUGGCAGCAUUGAGCGAGCGUUUCAAGUCACGCACGAGCAGCUUUACGACAAGCUUAUUGCUAGCGAGAACUGUGCUGAAGGUUUGGGGGCUUUCAGGACGAAGAGGCAGCCGAAGUGGAAGGAUUCGAAGUUGUAA